AUGUUUCAACUUGUCAUGCCAGCCCGCACUGGACGGGCAGGCGAUCGACCUUGGAAGCCCUCACGGAUGUUGAGAUCAUGUUUGGGGAUGCAAGCGACUUUUUUCGGAAGCUCGGUAGCCGUGAGCUCCGACGGGCCCGCGUGGUGGUGGGGGCCGACAAGGACGACGACCAGGGCGCCGAUUCUGGCUCCGCGUACGUGCUCGACGGGGCCACCGGCGAGAGGCUGCUCAAGCUUGUGGCGAGUGAUGGCCGCAGGCGACGGAUUCGGAAUCUCGGUGGCCGUGAGCUCCGACGGGGCCCGCGUGGUGGUGGGGGCCUUCCUGGACGACGACCAGGGCGCCGUGCACGUGUUCGACGGUACCACGGGCGAGAGGCUGCUCAAGCUUGUGGCGAGUGAUGGGGCCGCAGGCGACUAUUUCGGACGGGCGGUGGCCGUGAGCUCCGACGGGGCCCGCGUGGUGGUGGGGGCCUUCGGUGACGAAGACCAGGGCGCCCUCUCCGGCUCCGCGUACGUGCUCGACGGUACCAGCGGCGCGCAUUUGCUCAAGCUUGUGGCGAGUGAUGGGGCCUUCCUCGCCCGGCCCGGAUUCUCGGUGGCCGUGAGCUCCGACGGGGCCCGCGUGGUGGUGGGGGCCUGCUAUGACGACGACCAGGGCACCGGUUCUGGCUCCGCGUACGUGUUCGACGGCACUAUCGUCAUCACCGAGACGGCCACGAGUUCCGCGACGUCAAGCACUACUACCAUCACCAAGACAACCACCGAGACAACAACUGAGACGACCACCGCGACGACCACCACGACGGCCACGACGACCACCGACACGGGCACGAGUUCCGCGACGUCAAACACUACUACCACCACCAAGACAACCACCGAGACAACAACUGAGACGACCACAGCGACGACCACCAAGACCACGACGACAACCGAGCCAUGGGGAUUAAUUGCAGUCUUCGCUGGUGUCUUGAUCUUGUUCUUCUUGAUAUUGUUCUUGGUCUGCGGCGUCGCGCUGGGCUGCCCGGUGAGUUGCGGAUGUCCUGGCCGUGGCAGGGGCCCAACACCCGAGCGCGGGAUUCACAACGCGGAGGUUGAGGUCAAUUAG